CACAGAUGGGUUGCAGGCUGCCCCUGCCAUCAGACCUCCGCCUAGGUGUCCCUGCUCCGGGCUGCAGCUUGUACAGGCUCCGGCCUCUGGCCCUGUUUCUAUUCACGCUCUCUGAUGGCUGGUUUACUUGCCCAUGUUCCACUUAAAUGGCGCUUCCUUGGAGGAUAAGAACUGGCUGUUUUACAUGGAGGUCUGGCCACGUAUGAGUCUGUGCACCAUGGCUAUGACCAGUGUGAGAUUACUUGCUGGUGUUUUAAGAAAGCCGGAUGCCUGGGUUGGACUCUGGGGCAUGCUCCGAGGGACACCUUCAUUUAAACUCUGUGCUUCCUGGAAUCAAUACUUGUAUUUUUCUAGUACCAAGUUAAACACAUCAAAUCAUAAGACACUUUUCCAUAGUGUUUUCUCGCUGAGAAUCCCAGGACUUUCAGUGUCUCCAGAAUAUAUUUUUCCAUUUUCCAUAAGACUCAAAAGUAACCUAAGCUCUAAAAAAUCCACUAAAAAGACUAUGGAAAAAGUGCAAGACGUGGACUCUGAUGAAGAGAGUGAUCAUAAUGAGAUGAGUGAGCCAGGAGAAGAGCUUCAGGAUGACCCCAGUGUGGUCAGGGACUACAAAGAUCUGGAGAAAGUUGUGCAGUCUUUCCGGUACGAUGUUAUCCUGAAGACAGGCCUCGAUAUUGGCAGAAACAAAGUGGAAGAUGCAUUCUACAAAGGUGAACUCAGACUGAAUGGGGAAAAAUUAUGGAAGAAGAGCAGAACGGUGAAAGUGGGAGACACAUUGGAUCUUCUCAUUGGGGGGGAUAAAGAAGCUGAAACAGAGACAGUGAUGCGGAUUCUCCUGAAAAAAGUAUUUGAAGAGAAGACGGAGAGUGAGAAGUACAGAGUGGUGCUGCGACGGUGGAAGAGGCUAACGCUGCCAAAGAAGAGUCCGUCUAAAUAAACGGCGGCCCUGGGAGUGAGGCGGUGGGGGCGGGGCCGCCGAGAAGGGCAUUUUGGUUAAAAUAAAGUUCUCGUCCCAUC